AUGUCAUUUGAAGUUAAGUCGAUCUAUUUCCACGGUAAACGGUCCAUCCUCUCGCAGUCCGUCAAUGGACCAUGUGCCCUGUUGGCAAUUGUGAAUACCAUUCUACUGCAAACUACCGAUCAGAGUCCUGCUGAACAUCACCAAUUGGUUGCACUCGUUAACAGUGGUGAACGUACGGUUGCUCUGGAAUCUAUACAGCCGAUUCUUUACUCAUUGGCUGUGAAUAAUCUACAGCAACGAGGAGCCACUCCUGAGGAGACACAGGCCAUCUUGAACUUGUUACCUUCUCUCAAUGAAGGGUUGAACGUUGAUCCGCACUUUGCUGGUGGAUUCACUCCGAGUGUGGAGGUGUCUGUGUUUGACGUUUUCGGGCUAAAGAUUGUCCAUGGCUGGAUAAUUGACCCACAGUCUCCGGAAUAUGCCAACGUUAUCAAGCAUAACUCCUAUGAAGAGGCGCAGGGUGUGUUGGUUGAAGCCUAUGAGAAACAGCAGGCUGGUGAGACGCAAGGCGAGAUAAUUGAAGACUCUGAGGCUUUGAAACGGUUCAUGGCUCACACAGCGACGCAACUGACCGAUUAUGGUCUAGGAGUGCUAAAGAGAUCCCUAUUGGACGAGGAAAUCUGUGUUUUCUUCAGAAACAACCACUUCAACACCAUCAUCAAACAUGAACUGGAUGUUUACCAGCUCGUGACUGACCAAGGCUUUUUGAAGAAGAGAGAUUUCGUCUGGGAAAGUCUACUCAGUGUUAACGGUUCUAUAAACUCUUUCUUCACAGGUAACUUCCAGCCUCUUGUCGAAGGUGAAACCGUUGAGGAUGAAGAUGAAGAUGAAGCACUGGCCAGACAAAUGCAAGAAGAAGAAGACCAAAGAGUAGCAAAGGCUCUACAAAAACGUUAUGAAGGUAACAAGAGAACCACAGCUGGUAAUGGAACUAACGAUUCUGCUAACGCAGCAGCAGCACGUGGAUCCCAGUCUAAUAAUGUAUCAUCCUCAGAGGGCCAAUCAUCCUCAAAGUGCUGUGUUAUCAUGUAA